AAUGGGAAACGCAACAACAAAAUUAAAUAGAAAAUUUGAUGGAUGGCUUAAAAAAGCAUAUAAUUAUAUCUUUAAAGAAGAAGAGCUAAGCGAAGUUUCUGAUGAAGCACUUUCUUAAGAUGAAGAAAAUGAAAAUGCUUAAGAGUUAUAAGAAAAUAACGAGCCACAUAAUUAAUAAGAAUAAGAACCAAAUCAAGAAUAAGAGGAGAAUUUUAGUACUAAUUCAUAAGAAAUGGAAUCUAUCAUUUAUAAAUCAAUUACAAAAGAAGAACUUAUACAGGAUAAACGUAAAGCUUCUACAUUGCUUUCAUCAGAAUUUGAACCAAAAAGAGUAUGUUUAAAUAAGGAGAGUAUGACAGAAUGA